CCAAGUCUCGGUGUUGCACGGCGAGCUGACCAGCUCCAGCUAGCCUUCUCUAUGGCAGAUUCUCCCUUAAACAACUCCUGGCCUUCUUUCUCCAAACUCUGGAUGAAACGUUGGUCCUUCAAGAGAGGAUCAGAAGGUAAGCCAUGUUCUACCCUGCCACCCUGUGUGAGUGCCUCAGAGGCAUCCUCCUUGUCCUCGUCCCCAGCCUCCGUCGCUAAGGACGUCUUCUUCAACACUGAGGAAAAGGAUGAUGAAAGUGACUAUGAGAACCCAAGCCUGGAUGAGGAUGUAGACAGCAGUGUGGAGGAUCUGCUGGGUUUAAGCUGCUCCUUCAUAGACUCAAACUAUUACAAAGACCAUCAAGGGGUACACUCUGUAUCGGCUGCCCCAGAAACCAGCCCUUCUACCCUGGGCUUUCCCAGUAGAUAUAGAGACAGUCCCCAGCACAGCUCCCAGCUCCAUCCCAAUCCACAUCCCUAUCCAUAUCCCUAUCAAGAGACUGAAAACAAAUCCAUACCCCAUCACACUAUUGUGGUCACCCAGUUCAACCCUAACCUGUUGCAGUCAGGCAGUGCCAUGGACGGCUAUAACAGUGAGUCGGUGGACCCUGUGGGUGUGGUGACCACUAUGGUGAAUCUGAAUGGACCAGGAGGACAAGGAGACAUGAUGGAUUCUGACAGAGAGAGCUUCCCUAUCCUGAUCAGGUCCAUGUCUACAUCACGCAGACACAGCUUGGGCAUGCCUAUGUCUCCCAUCGACUUGGGGAGGAGGCUGAGCCUGGACGCCGUAGACAGCGAUGGAGAGAGGGAUGACUCUCUCCUCCGCCCCUCCCACCUACAGGCCUUUAUAUACCCAGAAUGCCCUGAGCAGGAAGUGGAGGAGUCAGAUGGGACAGACCUCUCCAGAUCCGAAGCCAAGGAGACAGAAACGGAGGAGUGCAGUCGGUCUGGAAGGACAUACUCCAGAACAGAGAUUCUGGCCACAGAUGAGCACAUUCACGUCGCACACGUGUCUCACGUAGUGGAGACAUCGAAGAGGGCAGCAGGAGAGGAGCUGGACCCAGAGGAACCCAACUUGCACACUGCAGAAGGACAGACUCAUAUGCUGAUGAUACAAAAAGUUCUGCAAGAGCUCAAGCAGUACCACGGAGCCAGGCAGAGGACCACAAAGCCAGAGGGGAAGGAGACUGGAAGUAGUGUCACCUGGUAUGAAUUUCUCUCCAACGAAAAUGAGGAAGAAGAGGAACGAACAGAGAAAGUAGAAAAGGGGACCAAAGUGAAGCGCACCCUGAGCUCGCUUAGGAGCAGAAUGACUGGCUCAUUCAACAAAGACAAGCAGGACUGUGCAGUGAACGUUCACAGGAGUUGUCGGACGCUACUAGCUGAGUGUAACAGCAGCAAGAACAAGAAGGAUUCUCUGCAUAGGACUCCCACAACAGUGUCGCCGAACCUCGCCCUGAGGGAUCGGGACCAGUCUUCUUCGGCCCUUGAUUGCCCCUCCGGUUCUCCGCGCAUCCCAGGCAUGACCCUCACCCCGCGGGGACCCAGUGUUCAGCCUGCCUUAGCCGCCUUCAACAGCUCUUCCUCCAGCCACACUGCUGCAGCCAGCCUCAACCACAGCCACAACAGCCACACCGGAUCCCUCUCAGGGGACAUGGACGAACCGGACAGCCUACGCUCCGGGCUCAAGCGCUUCAAUGAAGACACAGUCUCCCUGGCCCCAUCCACCACUGACUCCAUCGUUGUAGAAGAUGCGUACUACUCUGCAUUUCGAGCUGAUCUGGAGUCUGAUGCCCAGGACCUGGAGGUGGAGUCAUGGAGUCUGGCUGUGGACCAGCACUACCUGAAGAAAUACACCAAGGAGACGGUCAAGAGACAAGACGUUAUCUACGAGCUGAUGCAGACAGAGAUGCACCACGUACGGACCCUGAAGAUCAUGCUGCGUGUUUACAUGAGGGAGCUGAAGGAACACCUCCAGAUGGACGAGUUGUUCCCGCGCCUGGAGAGCCUGCUGGAGCUGCACACAAGCUUCCUGUCCCGCCUAAAAGAGCGGCGCCGAGACUCCACGCAGCCCGGCAGCGACAGGAACUACAACAUACAGAGACUCGCUGACAUCCUCACCACACAGUUUUCAGGUGAGAAAGGGGAUCGGAUGAAGGAGAACUAUGGUGAUUUCUGCAGCCACCACACCGAGGCUGUCAGCUACUACAAGGAGCAACUACACAACAACAAGAAGUUCCAGAACCUCAUACGGAAAGUCAAUAAUUUGUCCGUUGUGAGAAGAUUAGGAGUGACUGAGUGUAUCCUCCUGGUGACACAACGCAUCACCAAGUACCCUGUGCUGGUGGAACGUAUUGUGCAGAAUACUGAAGUGGGUACAGAGGAACACGAGGAGUUGACCAGGUCUCUUAGUCUGAUUAAAGACUGUAUCGUCCAGGUGGAUGCCAUGGUCAACCUGCAUGAGAAGGCCUCGCGACUCCGAGACAUCGCCCACAAGAUAGAGCCCAAGUCCCUCGGCAGGAUCAAAGAUGGCCGUGUGUUCCACAGAGAGGACCUGUCCCAGGGUCGACGCAGGCUGCUGCACGAGGGGACGGCCAACCACAAGGCCGCCUCCGGCAGACUCAAAGAUAUUGUGGCUGUGCUGCUGUCCGACGUGCUUUUGUUACUCCAGGACAAGGACCAGAGAUAUGUUUUCUCCACAGUGGACAACAAGCCCUCAGUGAUCUCCCUCCAGAAGUUGAUAGUAAGGGAGGUGGCCCACGAGGAGAGGGCCAUGUUCCUGAUCUGCGCCUCCUCCAAUGAGCCGGAGAUGUACGAGAUCCACACCGCCUCCAAGGAGGAGCGCAACUCCUGGAUGACACACAUCCGGCAGGCCGUGGAGAGUUGUCCACACACUGAGGAGAGACUCUUCAGUGAGCAGGAGGAGGCUCGAGCCGCCAGAUUCAACGAGUUCCAAGAGCGUCUGAGCCAGAAGGACUCCCAGAUCGUGACGUUGCUGACAGAGAAGCUGCAGCUGUUUUCAGACAUGUGUCUGGUGUCUGGUCACGAGGACACGACCUUCCGCUCCCGCCUAAUGCUGCGAGGUGACGCCUCAGACCUCCACCAGGGGGAGACACUGCUCAAGGGGACCAUCACUGAUGUGGAGAGUCUUCAGAACCUGUUGCUGUCUGGUGUGAGAGAGCCAGUUUCACGUCUAGAGGAGGGUUCAGGAUCCGGGGCUCUGCCCAGGAGAGCAGACACCUUCGGGGGCUAUGACAGCAGGCCCAUCAUCCUCAACAAGAGCAUUGUGAAGAAGAAGAACCACAGUGGAGGGGACAGGGCCAGAGACGAGACCCAGAAAGGCUGCUCUGACCCCCAGCUUACGAAGAUCCAGGCUAGUCAGACCUUGGAGCAGCCACAGGCUGAUGAUGAUGAGGAGGAGGAAGAGGCCUCUCCAGCCACCUGGAGCCCCAUCUGGUCUAACACCUUCCCUGAGGCCGAGUUCUUUGACCGGGUGCUGAUGCUGUCCCAGAGACUCUACAGCCUGCAGGCCAUCAUCGCCAAGCAGGACAGCCACAUCGAACUACAACGCGCCUCCCUCACCGAGCGCGCCUCCUUCCCUGGCCGUCACCGCGGCAACGUUCUCCUGGAGCAGGAGAAACAGAGGACGCUGGCCCUGCAGAGGGAGGAGCUGGCCAGCUUCCACAAGCUGCAGUCACAGCACCGUCAGGAGCAGGCUCGCUGGGAGAGGGAGCGGGAGCGCCACAGGCUGCAGGCCGAGGUCACGGAAGGGACGCUGAGGCAGAGAGAGGACGACUGCAGGAGGCUGGAGGAAAAGCUGGCGGAAGAGAGGGAGGAUCUGGAGAGACAGAGAGAGACGUACCAACAGGAUCUGGAGAGACUGAGGGAGUCGACCCGCACAGUGGAGAAGGAGAAGGAACGCCUGGAGCAGCAGAGGAAGAUCAAGAGGAAGACCAUUGAGGUGAUGCCCUUCUCUGGCAGUCUAAAUGGGGAUCUCCUUCUGGGCAUGGGCAGUAGCUGCAGCGUCGGAUCAGACCUCACCCUCCCCCAGAAGGCCCUGGUUCGUUCCAGCCCUUCUGUGACGCCCGCAGACUACCUGGAGCGUCCUGAGGUUCUGGCUCGGGGUCAGAGCGCCAACGCCACGGCGCUGCCGGUGAAGAAGGAGGUGCCCCUCCACCUGUGCAGCACCACCAACCAGCAGCACAAGCAGGUGGGUGUCCAGCAGCAGAUCCCCACCAAGCUGGCAGCCCUGAGCUCAAAGAGUUCGAAGAGUGCCAAGGCCACCCACCGCACCGACAGCACAGCCUCUCUGGAUAUGAAGCAAAUGCUGCCUAUGAAGUUGUCAGCCAAAGAGGACGGCACUCUGAAAGCCAAGCGGUCCAUCAGCCCUAACCAGCAGCUUCCUCACACCCUAGUCCACUCCCAGUCCGUGCACUUGACAGUUUCAUCGAGCCUUCCAGACAGGGGGCCAGAGAAUCAGCCCGCCGGCCUACAGAAGCCCCCCAGCCAGGCCUCCAACCCCCUGCACAUCCACACCCAGCCACAGGCUCCUAACCCCCUCCAUACCCAGAGCCCUAACGCCCCUCCAGCACAGGCCCCUGUCCACAGCCUGCCCCCUCCAUGCAGGACCCCUGAGGAUGUAAUCUUCUUCUGAGCCCCCCCCCGGCAGUCAGGGACCAAAGGGAGGCCUGUGAUGUCACAUCUCUAGAAACCUUUCAGAUCUGGGACGCAACACGUUUCCUUUAAAAAAAAAUGUAAUUUACAUUUUUAAAGAUAACUCUGUUCAUUCUUAGAAGAAUCUAUAUAAUCACGUCUCCCUAAAACUAAUUCCAAUAAUUGUUUUGAAUCAUUUGUUUUAUUGAACCACCGAUUGUUGAAUAUGAAGAAAGACGGCUAUAAUUAAUAUGAAGGUUUAUUUUAAACAUGAAGGGGUCACGUGACGUUCUGGACAAAUCCAGAAAGGAGAGAGAGAGAGUGGGGGGAGAUUGGAGAGCGUUUGGAGAGAGAGAGAGUGUGUGGGGGGGAGUUUGGAGAGAGAGUUUGGAGAGAGAGUUUGGAGAGAGAGUUUGGAG